AGUCAACAAAAAAUUCUUGGAAUGACAUUUCUAUAAAAUUUUUCGCAUGAUAAAUAUUUCUAUUCAUAACAAAAUAAAAUAUCUAAAAAAUAGAUUAACAAAAUAAACUAUCAAUUUUGCAAGUAUAAAAGGUGCAGUAAAAAGAAUAGAAACACGAUGUCAUCCUCAUCAGAUGACGACUCGGAUGGUUCCGAAUCCACAGGGUCUGAGCAAUUUGAGGCGGUUCCAGAUGAGGAAUCUGCCCCAGAUGAACCUCAACCAAAGAAAGUCAAAACCGGGUGGUCCAAUAGCUAUUCAAGUACUGUCCAGAAAAUGAUGACCAAUAUGGGAUACAAAAAAGAUCAGGGUCUUGGUAAAUUGGGGCAGGGGCGGCUAGAACCAGUAGAAGCGGCCAGGCAAGACGGCCGACGAGGUCUUGGCUUGAAACUUGAAAAAAUAUCGAGUGCUGCCGAACAAUGGCGCGAUAACUUGGAGGAAAUUCGAAUCCCAGAGAGGAUUGACUGGAUCGAAAACCAUUGCGAUGAUUUGGACAAUUUGUCAAUGGAAGACCUCUCCGAAUGGGUUCGUCAGGCACCGAAAAAAGAAAUUAUAGAUGACGAAACAAACUUCUGCGAUCCGGAAAUCCUCCGCAAUGUUCUGAGUUCGAAGAGUGCAUUUGACGAACUUGAUGGUAAUGACAUGAGAAGGGCUCGCACACGUUCUAACCCAUUCGAAACUAUUAGGGGUUCAAUUUUCCAAAACCGUGCCGCCGUAAAGAUGGCCAACAUAGACUCCUUAUGCGACUUUAUGUUCACAAACCCAAAAGACAAGAACGACAAGUCUUUGGUCAAGGACAAUGACUUAUUGUACUUUGCCGACAUAUGCGCCGGACCUGGAGGAUUCACGGAGUAUGUUCUCUACAAAAAAGGUUGGCAAGCUAAAGGCUUCGGAUUUACUCUGCGAGGUCAGAAUGACUUUAAGUUGGACAACUUUUUCGCAGCAUCCCCGGAGACUUUUGAUCCAUUUUACGGAACUGCCGGCGAUGGAGAUAUCUUCAAUCCGGCCAACCAAACAUCUUUUGCGGAGUACGUUCUUAAGGGCACCGAACAAGCUGGCGUGCAUUUUGUUAUGGCAGACGGGGGUUUCUCCGUCGAUGGCAAAGAGAAUAUUCAAGAGAUUCUAUCAAAACAGUUGUACAUGUGUCAGUGUCUGGUAGCUCUUAGCAUUCUCCGCGACAAGGGUCACUUUGUGUGUAAACUGUUUGAUCUUUUCACUCCUUUUAGUGUAGGCCUUGUUUAUCUCAUGUAUAAGUGUUUCGAAGAGAUAAGUAUUUGCAAACCAAACACUAGUCGUCCAGCGAACUCAGAGCGCUAUCUUAUAUGUAAGUGGAAGAAAUCGAACACAGAAACGGUGAGGCGGCAUCUAUCGUCGAUAAAUCAGGAUAUGUGGGAUAAUCCAAAUGCAGAGACAGAUGUAAGGGAACUGGUAUCGCUGGAUGUUCUCUUUCGUGACAAAGAAUUUGUUGAAUAUAUUACUGAGAGCAACAACCGCCUCGGCCAUAAUCAGAUUGUUGGACUAAUCAAAAUUGCAGCAUAUUGCAACAACCCCGAUCUGAAAGAGCCACGCCAAGCAGAAUACCGUAGUAAGUGCUUGGAACUGUGGAAUUUACCCGAUAAGAUGCGACAAGCCCCGGAAAUGAAGACUCCAGAUGUCUUACUGGCAGAACUGCUCAGCGAUUGGAAUGGCGAUAAGGACUUUAUGUCAGUUCCAGCAAAUAGGUUGGAUAGCAAAAAGACGUUGAGUCAGAAGAUCAUCCAUCCGCCGGAUUGGUAUUUUGUGCCUUUGUCCCGCAGCGAGGAUAAUGCCCGUGAUACUGCGACGUUCUUUCUAAGUCGUGGACGUGGUAUUAUCUUGAAAUGGUCAACCACGGGCAGGUGGGAGCCAUGUGACUGUGUUCUGGAGAUGUCUCCGAAAACCCUGAUAUACGGAGAGAUUGUUCAGGAGCAAAUCGGCGAAGGAAGUAAAGGUAUAAUGGUACGAGCAUUGCACAUAAUUGACGGAAUUUGCCUAGGUGGCUUGAAUAUUGCUCGAAUGCCCAUAAAGGAGCGCCUUAAGCUCUGCGACAAGUUUGCGCGCAGUCUCAAUAAACCCAAUAAAAAGGCAACAAGUGCAGACGGCAAUCACGUCCAAAUGACACCCAUCCGCUGCAAAAAACUUAUUCCACUAUCUGAGUUUAAUAAUUUCUUCCAACAAAUGCGUCCAUACAAGAUGAAAAACAAUAGCAACGAACGUCUGGGCAUUAGAAUACGGUCCGGCGAUGAUACAGCCGAACGGUUUUACAUUGUCGGUGGCAUGAUGUUCCUCAACGAGUUGAUGCACCCUUUUGUGUCCGCUAUUUCAAGCACACACAAUACCAUUUACUAUUACAACCUAGACACCAAGCAAUCAUUUUUCCCAAAUCAUAUGCUAAGGGUCUUUAGUUCGUUCAAGAACUGUUUUAUCCAUCGUCAAUUGUGGAAGUGGACAAAUGUGUAUCAAGUGCACGAAGUCAUGCCAAAGGAUAUGCGUGAAGAUGGUACUCUCUUUCGUAUGGACUUUUGUGAAUUCCUGCAAGAACGUUUAAAACGCUAAGAAUCUAUGAGGGUCAGAAUUUUAGCUUUUAGGUAGUUUUUCUUCUAUCAAUAAAGUUAUGUUACUAGAGCAUAAAAAAAUGUA